UUGAUUUCAGACCCUAAAAACCCUAGCACGAGAAGGCAUAAGUAGCUCCCUCACUCUUUCAGCGCCUCCCUCUCUGUUGCGGCCGCCAACAUGAAGUUCAACAUCGCCAACCCCACCACCGGUUGCCAGAAGAAGCUGGAAAUCGAUGACGACCACAAACUGCGUGCCUUUUUCGACAAGAGGAUCUCCCAGGAAGUGAGCGGAGAUGCCCUUGGAGAGGAAUUUAAGGGAUAUGUGUUUAAGAUUAUGGGAGGCUGUGACAAGCAAGGGUUCCCGAUGAAGCAGGGAGUGUUGACCCCUGGUCGUGUUCGCCUCUUGCUCCACCGAGGAACCCCCUGCUUCCGUGGUCACGGAAGGAGGAACGGAGAGAGGAGGAGGAAGUCUGUCCGUGGGUGCAUUGUCAGUCCUGAUCUUUCUGUUCUGAACUUGGUUAUUGUGAAGAAGGGUGACAAUGAUCUUCCUGGUUUGACUGACACUGAGAAGCCUAGGAUGAGAGGUCCCAAGAGGGCAUCUAAGAUCCGAAAGCUCUUCAAUCUCUCGAAGGAGGAUGAUGUUCGAAAGUAUGUGAACACAUACCGUAGAUCAUUCACAUCAAAGACUGGUAAGAAGGUGAGCAAGGCUCCUAAGAUUCAGAGGUUAGUCACUCCUUUGACCCUUCAAAGGAAGCGUGCAAGAAUUGCAGACAAGAAGAAGAGGGUUGUGAAAGCCAAGUCUGAGGCUGCUGAGUACCAGAAACUCCUCGCCUCAAGAUUGAAGGAACAAAGAGAACGACGCAGUGAGAGCUUGGCCAAGAAAAGGUCCAGGCUGUCUGCAGCUUCAAAGCCGUCUAUUACUGCUUAGAUCUAUUCUCAAGUCAUUAAGUUUUGGUUUAAAAGAUGGAUGUUACAACUUUAUUUUCAUGUGUCUUCUGUUUUUGACUGCUCAAGUUACUCUCCUUUAAUGCUGCUGAGUUUAUUGGAUGUUUGAGUAUUUUAUUAAAACCCUGCUUUUGAUUAUUA